AUGGACUUCCACCUGGUGCCUCGAGGCACCGACCGAAACUACACUGGCUUUUUGACAAAGACGAUUGUCUAUUCAUCGACACUGGUGGUAUUUCUAGCCGGUGUCGCGCAUCGCCCAGCUUUUGCCUUGACGCUAUGCUCGAUCAUCAUCCCCAAGUGGGUCAGCUAUCAUAGUGAAAGACCCGCUCACCGUUAUUCCUACGGCCUCCACCGUCGUUGUUCGUCACUUACCGAUACCUGCGAGAGCUUCCCCCAGCGCGAGGACUGCCAUGGCGGGGACCGGUACUUUUGCUCCAUGUGGCGUUCUGUCGGAUUCCUGAUGUCCUUUGCCAUCGUCUUGGAGGGGAUGAGCGUCGUCGCUUACCUGAUCAUUCUGUCGGGUGGGAAGCGUCUCCGCGAGAAUGGGUGGCGGGUACUGAGCUUGAUGAUCAUUUUGUCGGCAAUCGUGCAGGCUGCGAGCAUGUCGAUAGUGGCAUAUCUGUUCGACAACGAAGAUCGGUUCUUCGUCGGCUGGCGCCUUGACCAGUCCUGGAUCUUUUGUACGGUCAGCUGGUGUAUCAGUCUCUUCUGCGCGGGCGCUGUGAUUGUUGCUGCUCAGAUUCUUCCCUCCGAGGGCGGCUAUGAGCUUAUUCCAGAUAAUGAUGCGCUCCGAGUGACUUGA